AUGAGGCAAAUUUGUAAAGAACACGUUCUACUACUUUUUCAGAAAAAAACUAAAUAUAUUGGAAGUAAUGUGAAACUAUUAAUUGAUCGACCAGAUGGUGUUUAUUGUUUCCGAGAAAGAAAAGGCAGAGUAUAUUAUGUCUCAGAAAAGAUUUUAUCAUUAGCAAGUAUGGUAACACCAGAUCGGCUUACAAGUGUUGGAACAUGUUUUGGAAAAUUUACAAAGUCAGGAAAAUUUAAAUUACAGAUUACUGCAUUAUAUCAUGUUGCUCCAUAUGCACAGUAUAAAAUUUGGCUCAAACCAUCUGCAGAACAACAAUUUUUAUAUGGAAACCAUAUUUCCAAGUCUAGCUUAAGUAGAAUUACAGAGAAUACACCUCAGUAUCAAGGAGUAGUUAUUUUUUCUACAAAUGACAUACCAUUGGUAAUUAAAAUAUUAGCAUUA